AUUUGCCUCGCAAAACUGAAAAGAGCAAAAAAAAAAAAAGGAAAAGAAAAAAGGUUCCCUUUUAUUUUUCUCUGUUUUUCCCUUUAAUGACACCUUUUUCUAGGCCUGUGUUUGGUUUCGAAAUUUACAUGUUAAUGAGAAUGUGAAGUAAAACAAAAUCGAUCCAAAAAUCUAUGUUUUGUUGCUCAUUCUAGGGUUUCUUGCUCCCUCCAUUUUUUGCCUGUACUUGCUCUCCUAGGGUUUCUAAAAACCAACAACAGGAAGGUGUGCGUAUCGAGCUUGAUACGGUUUAUUAUUAAUUUAUCUUCAAAUAAAUUAUUUUAAAAUAUAGUCGAGGAUCGGAGUUGAAGAGAAGAUUUCAGGAGGCAGAGAUUUUGAAAUCUAAUGGUUAAUACAAUUUGUUAUAAAAAACAAACAAGAUUUUUUUAUUCAAAAUGCCUUUCGCCAAGCUCGAUGACUCUCCUAUGUUUCGCAAGCAGAUGCAAUCCUUGGAGGAAAAUGCUGAAGUGUUAAGGGAUAGGGGUUUAAAGUUCUACAAAGGAUGUCGGAAGUACACUGAAGGGCUUGGGGAGGGAUAUGAUGGGGAUAUUGCGUUUGCUGGUGCUCUAGAAACUUUUGGAGGAGGGCAUAAUGAUCCAAUUAGUUUGGCUUUUGGAGGCCCCGUUAUGACCAAAUUUACCAUAGCCUUAAGAGAAAUUGGAACAUAUAAAGAAGUUCUUCGAUCUCAGGUUGAGCAUAUGCUGAAUGACAGAUUACUACAAUUUGUCAAUAUUGAUUUGCAUGAGGUCAAGGAAGCAAGAAAGCGCUUUGACAAGGCCAGCCUUCUUUACGAUCAGGCUCGAGAGAAAUUUUUAUCACUGAGGAAGGGCACGAAGACGGAUGUAGCUGCACUCCUAGAGGAGGAACUUCAUGCCUCAAGGUCUGCAUUUGAGCAAGCUAGAUUUAAUCUAGUGACAGCUCUUUCUACUGUUGAAUCAAAGAAGAGGUUUGAAUUUUUAGAGGCUGUCAGCGGAACAAUGGAUGCGCAUCUCCGUUACUUCAAGCAGGGGUAUGAGUUGUUGCAUCAAAUGGAGCCGUACAUACAUCAGGUUCUGACUUAUGCUCAACAAUCUAGAGAGCGGUCAAACUAUGAGCAGGCAUCACUCAACGAAAGGAUGCAAGAAUACAAAAGGCAAAUUGAUCGUGAGAGUAGAUUAUCUUCAAAUGGCUCUAAUGGAUCUCCUAUUGGAGGAGAUGGCAUACAAGCCAUUGGUAGAAGUUCACAUAAAAUGAUUGAGGCAGUUAUGCAAUCUGCAGCAAAAGGGAAGGUUCAAACGAUUAGACAAGGUUAUCUAUCAAAACGUUCCUCAAACUUGCGAGGAGACUGGAAAAGACGGUUUUUUGUUCUUGAUAGCCGAGGAAUGCUGUAUUACUAUCGCAAACAGUGCAGCAAAUCAUCUAGUUCUGGUAGUCAACUAUCUGGUCAGAGGAACAGCUCCGAACUUGGAUCUGGACUGUUGAGCCGUUGGCUGUCUUCCCAUUAUCAUGGGGGGGUGCAUGAUGAAAAAUCAGUUGCUCAUCACACCGUCAACCUUUUGACAUCAACAAUCAAGGUCGACGCUGAGCAGUCAGACCUACGGUUUUGCUUCAGGAUUAUUUCACCAACAAAGAACUAUACUUUGCAGGCAGAGAGUGCGCUAGAUCAAAUGGAUUGGAUUGAAAAAAUAACAGGAGUUAUUGCUUCACUUCUCAGCUCUCAGGCUCCCGAAAGGUGCCUUACUUCCAGUCCAAUGGGAAGUGGUCAUCACCGUUCCACUAGUGAGAGCAGUUCAUUUGAAAGUGCCGACUAUGAUCACUCUGCUGUUGAUGAAUAUGCAUCUGAAAGGAACCUUGCUGGUUCACAUCAUGAAAGGCCAUCAAGAAUUCAACAACAGCAACGAUGCAAUGUAGAAAAACCAAUUGAAGUUCUGCAAAGAGUAAUUGGAAAUGACAAGUGUGCUGAUUGUGGUGCCCCAGAGCCAGAUUGGGCAUCUCUAAACCUUGGUGUUCUUGUUUGCAUCGAAUGCUCAGGUGUUCACCGUAAUCUUGGUGUGCACAUUUCAAAGGUCAGAUCCCUGACACUUGAUGUCAAAGUGUGGGAGCCUUCUGUUAUAAAUUUGUUUCAGUCUCUAGGAAAUGCCUUUGCUAACUCAGUCUGGGAGGAGUUAUUGCAAUCGAAAAGUACCUUUCAGGUUGAUCUCAUUCCUGCAAGUUCAUACAAGUCUGAUAAGUCACAGCUGCAUUUUACUGGCAAACCAAAUCCUUCAGAUUCUAUAUCAAUAAAGGAGAAGUUUAUUCAUGCAAAGUAUGCAGAAAAGAUGUUUGUUUGCAGGCCAAGAGAUGGUCAAUAUCCUCAUUCAGUGUCCCAACAGAUGUGGGAAGCUGUUCGUGCCAAUGACAAGAAGUCUGUAUACCGUUUAAUUGUUGAUCACGAAGCAGAUGUAAAUGCUGUGUAUGAGCAAGCAUCUUGUAGCUCUUCUCUAACCCUUGCUAAAGUGAUGCUACUGCAAGAGCAUGCACUUGACCACUGUUCUACCUGCUCAACAGGAAAUUCAUUGGACAGGUCAUCCACUAGUUCCUUAAAUUUGGCUGGCAGUGGUGAAGCCCAAAUUGUGGGUGAUCUAGAUGGGUGUUCCUUGCUUCAUCUUGCUUGUGAAACUGCAGAUAUUGGGAUGUUAGAACUCCUUUUACAGUAUGGUGCAAAUGUAAAUGCAACUGAUGUUAGAGGCCAGACUCCCCUUCACCGUUGUGUUGUCAGAAGACGAUCUGCAUUUGCAAAAUUGCUCCUUUCAAGGGGAGCAGAACCAAGGGCUGUCGAUGGGGAAGGGAAGACCUCCCUUGAGCUUGCAGUCGAUUCAAAUUUUGUCGAACAUGAUGUUCUCGUGUUAUUAUCGGACUCCAAUGGAUGACGCUUUAGGAAAAGGUAAAUAUAAGAAGGCCAAUUACAGCGAGGUUGGGAUUUGAAAUGAAAAAUUGAUAAAGGUAUUGCUUUUUCUGUAAGUAAAUAUUAUAAGUUGAAAGAGCGAGUUCUCCAUUGAAGAUGAUAUUUAGAGUGGUAGUGGUAGGUUGGCAUGCCUGCCUCAUGGGCAUCUAUGCAAAAUAGCGCCUCUUCAGGUUUGUAUUUUAUACUGCUAAAAAAGGGGCUGUUGUAAUGUGAUGUUUUUCUUUUUGCUAAUUCAGCUUGUUUUGAUUUUGUCUUUGUGAGGGUUCAGUUUAGGCCAUUUGUGUAUUUUGUACAUUGUUUUGUGGUAGUGAAGGUUAUUAUUAUUGUUGCAA